CUCGUCCCUCCAUCUGAUAAACCCCAGCCCGCCCCCGACCCGGGAACCCCGCAUUCCUGUUUCUCUACAUGGGGAGCUUCGACGUUUGUCGCUAUAUAUCCGAUCGAGCAAUUAAUAUAUCGCUGAGAUCUUAGCUGAAUAUAAAACUACACACACGUACUUGAACGUCUUGACAAGGCCAUCGCAAAGAUGGCUGCCGACCCGAUCAGGAAGAUCAACCUGGUGCGCAUCGCCCACGUCUACUACAAGUACCAGGACGUCGACAAGGCCCGCACCUUUGCCGAGGACUUUGGCUUCUCCGAGACCGCCCGCAACGGCGCCCGGACCUACUACCGCGGCUACGGCACCGAGCCCUUCGUCCUCUGCGUCGAGGCAGCCUCCGAGUCCGCCUUUGGCGGCGCUGCCUUCGUCGUCGAGUCCGAGGAGGACCUUCACUAUGCCUCCAAGAACCUGCCCAAGGAGACCAAGCCGUCCGACGUCUACGAGCUGACCGAUGCCCCCGGCGGUGGCAAGUGCGUGACCUUCUACGACCCCGCCGAUGGCUUCCCCUUCCACUUGGUGCACGGCCAGACGCCAGUCGAGCUGAGAGACCCCAAUUUCACGGCGCAGAAGGUCAACUAUCCCACCGAGAAGAACCGCCCUCAGAACACAUUCCAGCGAUUCGAGAAGCGGCCAGCACCGGUCCACAAGCUCGGCCACUUCGGCAUGUGUGUCACCGACUACAAGAAGUGCUACGAAUUCUACUCAACCUACUUCAACUUCUUCCCCAGCGAGCUGGUCCAUCUCGACGGAGUGAACAACACCGUCUUCUUCAGGCUGAACCGCGGAAGCGAACUAGUCGACCACCACUGCUUCUUCUUCUUCGAGGGACCGAAGGCCCCGCACGUGCACCACUCGUCCUUUGAGACGCACGAUUUCGACACCCAGGUACUCGGCCACGACUGGCUGCGCCACAGGGGCUACGAGAACUGCUGGGGCGUCGGGAGGCACAUCAUGGGCAGCCAGAUUUUCGAUUACUGGUUUGACCCCUCCGGCUUCAUCAUGGAGCACUACGUCGACGGAGACCUGCUGGACAUGAACGAGCCGACGCACGUCUCGCCGGCGUCGCCGGACAAUCUGCAUGUUUGGGGCCCCGACCUCCCGCCCACGUUCCUGACCUAGAUGGGAUCAUUUUCUGGGGGGGUAAAAGGGGUGGUAACCCCUCUAAUUUGACCCCAAUAUGAUCACCCUCCUCCUGUUCGGCUCACAUAAUCCCGCGGGAUUCUGCUCAUGCCAGCU